CCGGCCGGCGGCACUUCCGGGGCGGUGCCGGAAGUGGCGGUGGCUGUGGAGGGGCCGCCAUGGUGUGCGACAAGUGCGAGAAGAAACUUGGAACGGUGAUCACUCCUGAUACAUGGAAAGAUGGUGCAAGAAACACUACAGAAAGCGGUGGUCGCAAAUUAAAUGAAAACAAGGCAUUGACCUCAAAGAAGGCAAGGUUUGACCCUUAUGGAAAGAACAAAUUUGCAAUAUGUCGGAUUUGUAAGAGUUCUGUCCAUCAGCCAGGGUCCCACUAUUGUCAAGGAUGUGCCUAUAAAAAAGGCAUCUGCUCAAUGUGUGGCAAGAAGGUCUUGGAUACGAAGAACUACAAGCAAACAUCUGUCUAAUUGUACUGACUAGUCUUUUUAUGAACUUUGGCUUCAGUGUCUUUGUACAGUAACUUUUCUCUAAAAUAAUUUGUGAAUAUUACUUUCUGGAAGAUAGUACAUUUGCUUGGAAUAAGAAGUAAAGACAGUCUGAUUGCCUAAAAUGUACAUAAUAUUUCAUUAUUGUUGUUUUAGCACUAAUAUUAACUGGUAUUUGAAGGUAAUGGCUUUCAGCCAUUGAAACUGAAACCGUUCAAAGGGAAGGAGAGGAUCUGAGGGGAUAGGUUGAAACUGUUACCCUCAGAACACGGAUCUUGGAGAUGAAUACUUUUCCCCUAUCACAAGUCUUCUGGUUAUCUUGUGGUAAUGUUUUGUAGAUGUGUAAAAUCUGAACUUGCAUCACCUUAUUAAAGUAUCUUCAUUUAUUUGU